AUGCCGCCGGACCUGCAACACCGUCGAACCCAUAAUCUUUUAUUGAUCUCGAAAUUGCUCAGCGGGCGCGACAAUGGCUCUCCAUUUACAUUGCUGCUUGACUCACUGGAGCAGUCAGCGAGACCCCUAAUCCGUGAAUACAUCCGCCGAGCGAAUGUUGCUAAAACGCGUGUUGUCUUCGUCUCUCUAGAGACAUUGAGGAAGCCCUAUGGAGCCGAUGUUUUUGUACAAGGCGCGGAACUGAGACCGCCAGAUCUGCAGAAAGAGAUUACAUUAGCAACAUCGUCAUCGAGCAGUCUUUCAGAGACUCUCUUGAUAUUCGACACGCUCAACGCACUCGCAAGCUUCCAGUCUGCGAAUCUGCCAGCCUUCCUCUCAUCUAUGAUCUCGCCCACGACUUCACUCCUCGCAAUUUACCAUCUUGACAUGGCUCUACAGCUCUCUCAUGCAUAUCCGUACUCUCCGCAUCCAUUGACUUUACUCAAGUAUCUCGCGACCACCAUCUUCACUCUCUACUCCACGUCUCAUGUGCUAGCGCAAAGGUAUGCCAGAGACCGCAGCCUCGCCGAGCCCGUCUUCGGCUUAGCGGAAGAGAAUGAAGGCGCCAUCGCCGGCCUAGGACGCAAUGAUCCCCGCGGUGUUGUGCUUGAGAUGGAGCAUCGCCGCAAGUCAGGCCGUGGGGUGAGAGAGUGGUUCUUCCUCCCCAACCCCAGCGCUACCAGCACAAACGGUGCAGUGCCAAGCAAGAAAGAACUUGCCGUCGUUCUGCUAGAGGACUCCCCGCUGUUCAGACGAGUCCUGCAAGACGGUGGCGGGGAAGACGAUGGGGCGAUGGACGUAACGUUUGAGUUAGGGCUCACAGAGAAGCAGCGGAGGGAUAGGGAGGGCAUCGUCCUUCCGUACUUUGACGCACAGAAGGGUGAGGGAGGGGAGGGUGGGAGGAUCCUGUAUGACAUGGGCGAAGAGGACGAUUUUGACGAGGAGGAGGAUGAGAUAUGA